UCGUAAAUUUGCUCUGGGCGCCGAUCUAACUCCUGUAUGUACUCGCCACCGGAGCCACCGUCCCCAGUCCGUCCCCCCCUUUUCUUAACCCUAAUUCCUAAUUCACUUCCUCCGAAUCAGAUUUAGGUCUAGGGUUAGGACCCAAAUCAGGGAUAAAUAUUCAUUCUCAAUCUACAAUCAAUCCCCUUCUCCUUUCCCCACCAAUGGCUUCCGACGUCCUAGAAGCGAUCUCCAUAAACGACGUGUUGACGGACGACGAGCUCCGGGCGGUGCUGUCGAAGCUGGGGAGCGAUCAGGACAAGGAGGCCUUCGGAUUGGUCUGCAAGAGAUGGCUCCACUUGCAGAGCACCGAGAGGAAGAAGCUCUUCGCUCGCGCCGGGCCCCACAUGCUCCGCCGAAUGGCCGCCAGGUUCUCCCGCCUCCAGGAAUUGGACCUCUCGCAGUCGGUCUCUCGGUCCUUCUAUCCCGGCGUCACCGACUCCGAUCUUUCUGUCAUCGCCGAUGGCUUCAGCUGCUUGAGAGUCCUCAAUUUGCAGAAUUGUAAAGGAAUUACCGAUAAAGGGUUGGUGGCAAUUGGGAGUGGCCUUUCUUCGCUACAAUCCUUGGAUGUAUCAUAUUGCAGAAAGUUGACAGACAAAGGGUUGUCAGUUGUUGCUGGGGGUUGUUCUGAUCUACGGAGCCUGCGUCUCACUGGCUGCAGACUUGUUACAAACGGAGUAUUACAAGCACUUUCCAAGAAUUGUCGUAAUCUUGAAGAGUUGGUGCUCCAAGGAUGUAUCAACAUAACUGACUCAGGUCUAACUGAACUUGUAAAUGGGUGUCGCGGAAUCAAGUUUUUAGACGUCAACAAAUGCAGUAAUAUUGGAGACGUUGGGGUUUUCAGUGUUUCUGAGGCCUGUGCAUCUUCACUGAAAACACUUAAGUUGUUGGAUUGCAACAAAAUUGGGAAUGCCUCCAUAUUAUCCUUGGCCAAAUUCUGCAAAAAUCUUGAAACUCUAAUAAUUGGUGGCUGCCGGAACAUCUCUGAUGAAUCAAUAAGUUCACUUGCCGCCACUUUUAAGAAUAGUCUGAAGAACUUGCGGAUGGACUGGUGUCUAAACAUUUCUGAUUCUUCGUUAAGCUGUAUCCUCGUUCAUUGCAGAAACAUAGAAGCUAUCGACAUUGGGUGCUGUGAGGAGGUUACUGAUGCUGCCUUUGAGGGUUUAAGCAGUCGAGAAACUAAGUUGAGUCUGAAGGUUUUGAAGCUUAGUAACUGCGCCAAAAUCACAGUGGCCGGGAUCGGCAAGCUCCUAAAUAAAUGCAGCUCUUUGGAAUACCUUGAUGUUAGAUCAUGCCCACAAAUUACAAAGGCAGGUUGUGAGGAGGCAGGAUUGUCAUUUCCUGAUUGCUGUAAAGUAAACUUUACGGGAAGUUUAUCGGAGCCUGAUGUGUUACUUUAAAGAGCUGGCUUCUUCACUAAACAUUAUUAUGAAUUCAUGAAAGCAAGCACUGUCCUGGAAGGUUUGAGACAUUGCCAACAACUUGUGAUGUGGGUAGUUCUUGUUGUUCUGUUCAAUCUUAUGUCUUCAAACUCGAAGAACAUUUUGGGCUUGUCUUGUAUUUGUCUCUCAGAAUAUGUUUGUAAAUUUAUGUAUAUUGCCUUCUCAUUGCUGUUUUAUAUUUCCUCUGCAUUUUGGAAGAAAUUAGUAUUGUUAA